AUGACUGAUUAUGUCUACUACUACCACUACUACUACUACUACUACUACUACUACUACCACUACUACUACUACUACUACUACUACUACUACUACUACUACUACUACUACUACUACUAUUACCAUAUGGCCGCAAUCAUUAAUCGUGGGUCAAUCUGGUUUAGACGUUCACGUUGCUGCUGGUCGGCUAGAGCACUAGGAAGGCAUGCUCCAGGAAAUCGAUUUCUUUUUAAGUUUUCUUCAUGGUCAUUGUCCAUAUGA